UCUUCUGUCUUCCGGGAACACUAAUAGGCUCCAUGCAGAGUAAUGUGACCAAUUGAAUCAUCCUCGCCCCGGAGCUGGAAGCUGCAGAUCGGAGGAGCAGAGAGCACCACGCUCAGUCCGGCUCCCACAACCAGAAAACCUCUCUGGGGCAACGCUCUCUCACUUUCCGCUCAGGAUUCCUCUAGGAUUUUACACCCUGUCCUCCGAGGAACUAGUGGCACCCUUUCCAUCUGCCUCGACCCCUUUGCCCACUUGGCAGACCUCAGACCAGCUCUUAGGUGAAAAGGUCAGAGGGCCCCUGUUUAGCCCUGACUGCAGCUCCAGGACCACCUUAACUUACCCUGCUUUAGAUUCACUUACAACCAUGACAACCAAAUCCACCAGCAGUGUUUUGGGUGGGAAGGCUUCCUCCUCUCCUUUGUUGUCCUCUCCACCACGCCAGCGCCUGGUCACCAAAGAUGGACACUGCGCCCUUCGUCCUCCUCUGUGUCCCUCAGGCUCAUGGCGUGGGGCCUCGGGCAGAGCCUGGCUGCUGGCCCUGCAGGACCUGUGGGGACUGUUGGUGGGUCUGCGCUGGAGGUGGGUCCUUCUGGCCUUCUGCGCCUCCUUCCUGGCCCACUGGCUGCUGUUUGCCUGUCUGUGGUACUUACUGGCCCACCUCAAUGGAGACCUGGCUGUGCAGGAUCACGAUGCUCCCCCCCAGGGGCAUGUGGUUUGUGUGAAACACAUUACCAGUUUCACCGCUGCCUUUUCAUUCUCCCUGGAGACACAGCUCACCAUCGGCUAUGGCACCAUGUUCCCCAGUGGGGACUGUCCCAGUGCCAUAGCGCUGCUGGCUGUGCAGAUGCUGCUGGGGCUCAUGCUAGAAGCAUUCAUCACAGGUGCAUUUGUAGCCAAGAUUGCACGUCCCCAGAAGCGAGCAGGAGCCAUCCAGUUCAGCCCCCAGGCAGUGGUGGGCCAGCACCAGGGCCAGACUUGCCUCAUGCUACGAGCCACCAACCUGCUGCAGCGACCUCUGGUGGAUGUAAAGGUGAGUGCCGUGCUCUAUGAGGAGCAUGAAGGUCAGGCCCUUCACCAGACCUCUCUGGACUUCCACUUGGAUCAUCUGGGCCAGCAGCCCUGUCCAUUCUUCAUCUUCCCACUCACCUUUUACCACCCUCUGGAUCGCCGGAGCCCCCUCUACCCCACCCUGUGUGAGGGCACAUCCAACCACUUUGAGCUGGUGGUCUUCCUGUCAGCUUUGCAAGAGGGAACUGGCGACUCCUGCCAGAAGAGGACCUCCUACCUGCGCCAGGAAAUCCAGUUUGACCGUCGCUUUGUCCCAGCAUUGGGGCUGGAUGCUCGGGGGAGGUACAUUGUAAGCACCCAGCAUUUUGACACAGCCCACUCAAAGGAGCCUUUGAACAAGGACUGUGUGGUACAGAUCAACGGAGAUGGCAGCGACAGGAUGGAGUAAGGAUGCUGAGGGGGAGGUCUGAUAGGGACAGAUGGGAGUCUCUGGGGGUUAACUCGAGAGGGUAACAGUGGGGCAGAUAUUUUUGUCAGGAGCUACUUGAUGAGAAUUGGUCAAUCAGAAUUUUUGUUUAAACAUUUGCAAUUAAAAUUUAUGUCAGACAUUGGUACUGCUGCAGUCUCCCUCACCUGGAGGCCUUAAUGCAAUAAUCCCCCACUGGCUUCCCACUCAACAGGGGGCACAGCUUCAGGGGACUAAGUGUGAAUGAAUACUGUUACAAAAUGGGUUUUAUUUUUGUCAUUCAGUUCUAUUGUUUAGAAUAACAUUCUCACCACAUUACGAGCUAAGACCUCAGAACAUGGCUACACUGCUAAAAAUACAUCCAGCGGGGCAAGAAACACAAGCAGUCAGACCAUCAGAUGGGUUUGAAACAAAUCUCCAGGCUAGACAAAUUCAUUUGAACAGUAAAAUUUCGAUCUACUGUAAACAUCCACAACAGUUUCCAGACCCACUUCCUGUUUCAGCUUUGACCUGCUGCACUAAUGUAGUUGUCUGUUAAAAUGAGCCACGUCCCUCUCUGCAUUCUGAGAUCUCAACAUGUACUAUGUUGAGUACAGUGUUAUCAUAGCUGAUGGACGGGACGGCCAGAGCUACAAAAAUAAAAUCCAAGUUGUAAUAAAACACAGUUUUCUCUUAAAUUUGAUCCAACUGAAUUUGUAUUUCAUUAUUCUUAUUUUUUGUGUAAAGUGUUGGAACUGGACUGAGUGGGAUCAAACUAUAUUUGAAAAUAUUUAGUUGAGCUGGGAUGGCACAAGUAAUUUCAAAGUCAGCUCCAUUAAUCAACAUUUUACUGAUAAUAUUGAAUCAAAUGACCGUGUUUAACAUGAACAGGCAUUCAUAGCAAUGGACCCACAGAGUAUUAUCCCCACCUGUACAGGUGGGGCUCAUCGUUUUGGCUUUAUAGCAUUUGGGGUUUGGUGCAGUCUCUCUGCUCCCAUCAACCUUGUGUCCAGUCACAGCGUGGUUUUUCAGCUUUAAAAAGGGUGUUCUUUAUGUUACAAUCACAUAAAUAUGUUACACACAGGUUUUUUUUUUUUUUGUUUGUUUUUUUUUAGAAAACAUUUAUUUAUUGUAUCUAUCAUUGGAUGAAGACAUGUUUGCAUGCUGUUCAUCAGAAAGCUGUAUCUGACUCUGAAAUGUAUUCUGCCAUCACAGUUUGAACUAGAAACUUGUACCUGAAUUUAUUGGAAUUUGCUUUCAACAAUUCAUUUUCCAAAUCUCACAUACAAGUAAAGACUGUGGAUUCAAUUUUCUGAACUACAAAUUCGGAGGUACCACAUUCAGCUCUGAUAGCUGCUGGCACAAAUAUCUGCCCACAGGUUAACAGGUGGUGAGUUCAACUGACUGACAGGAGUAAUGAUGGAUGGAUUAUUACAGGGUUGGCACCAGGCAGAUGGAGCUGGGGACAGUGAUGAACCUCUCCAUCUCCUAACUUCCAUAAGAAGCACAUUAUGUCACACUUGAAUGCUCCACACAGCAGUGCAGUGGGUUGAACCUGACCGGUUGAUUGGCUACGCUAAAUUGCCCAUAGAUGUGAAUGUGAGUGUGAAUGGUUGUCAGCCAUGUGACCAUCUGUCCAGGGUCUCCCCAGUGUCAGCUGGGACUGAAUCCAGACCCAGACUCCAAGUGAACACUGGGUCUACAGUGGUGCUGGUGACCUCAUCUGCAAAGUGGUGCUUUGAGCUAAAAGCUAAUGUCAGCAUGCUAACAGGCUCACAGUGAAUCCAAAUGUCCUCUGUCUGGAUUUCAGCUGAACCCUCCUGGACUUGAGUCAUGAUCACAUCAGGCUUUGGCGCAAGUUGAUGGGACUGAUGGUGUGACAGAGAGAAGGGUGAAAGAAUAAAUCAAAGAAAACAUCUGCUUUAACCAUUUAAAGAUUUUAAGUCCACAUAUUGAGAUUCAGCCACUGCUACCAUGAAGGUGAAGUUUACUAUGGUCACCAUCUUAGUUUAGCGUGUUAGCAUGCUAACAUUUGCUAAUUAGCACUAAUCAUUUGAGUCACUUUGCAAGAAAAAAAUGACAAACAUUUUCUGGUUCUGGCA